CGCGAAAUGGCGCUGCUGGAGGGAUCCCACCCUCCCGGACCGAGUCGACAAGGUUUUACCCGAUUCGGAUCCUCUUCACUCUGUGUCGGUGAUCACUACUGUUCGCUCCGCAGAUUCCUUUUCGUGUUCUUCCUCGCAUCAAGAUGGUUGACGCCGCUGUUCACGAGAAAUUGGAAGCUGGCUUCCAGAAGUUGCAGGAUGCCACUGACUGCAAGUCUCUGUUGAAGAAGUUCUUGACUCGUGACGUCUUCGACAAGCUGAAGGAUGUCAAGACCUCCUUCGGAUCCACUCUUCUUGAUGUCGUCCAGUCUGGUGUUGAGAACUUGGACUCUGGAGUCGGUGUCUACGCUCCCGAUGCCGAGUCUUACAGCGCUUUCGCUGACCUUUUCGACCCCAUCAUCUGCGACUACCACACUGGAUUCAAGCCCGGAGAUAAGCACCCUCCUCGUGACUUUGGUGACAUCGAGACUUUGGGCAACUUGGACCCCGAGGGCGCCUUCAUCGUCUCCACCCGCGUCCGUUGCGGCCGCUCCUUGGCCGGCUAUGCCUUCAACCCUUGCUUGACUGAGGCCAACUACAAGGAGAUGGAAGAGAAAGUCGUUGCCAGCUUGUCCUGCUUGGAAGGUGAACUCAAGGGAACUUACUACCCCUUGACUGGUAUGACUAAGGAAGUCCAGCAGCAGCUCAUCGAUGAUCACUUCCUCUUCAAGGAAGGCGAUCGCUUCCUCCAGGCUGCCAACGCUUGCCGAUACUGGCCCACUGGCCGUGGUAUCUACCACAACGUCGACAAGACUUUCUUGAUCUGGUGCAACGAAGAGGAUCACUUGCGCAUCAUCUCCAUGCAGAAGGGUGGUGACUUGAAGGCCGUCUAUGCCCGUUUGGUCAACGCUGUCAACGACAUUGAGAAGAGGAUUCCCUUCUCCCACCACGACCGCUUCGGCUUCUUGACUUUCUGCCCCACCAACUUGGGCACCACCAUCCGUGCUUCCGUCCACAUCCAGCUGCCCAAAUUGGCUGCCGACCGCACUAAGCUCGAGGAGACCGCCGGAAAGUACAACCUCCAGGUCCGCGGAACUGCUGGUGAGCACACUGAGGCCGAGGGUGGUAUCUACGAUAUCUCCAACAAGCGCCGUAUGGGCUUGACCGAAUACCAGGCCGUCAAGGAGAUGUACGAUGGUCUCCAGGAGUUGAUCCGUCUGGAGAAGGAGGCUUCUUAAAUCACCUUCUCUUUCCUAACAGCCCUUCUUAAUAAUAAUAUAUUAUUACAACCAUUAGCCAUGUGUUAAGAUCUGCUUAAAAAAGCGUAUUUGAACUGAUUACUGUAGAUGUGUUGGGCCUCAUUUGCGACAUCGAUUGAAACCGUCAAUUUCUUCUCUCUCUAUUAAAAGUUGUUGUUGUUGUUGUUGUUGUGAUACGGUUUUAAACACACCCCCACGUCAUCGAGUUUUGAAAGUCUUUUUGCAUCUGAAGAAUUCAUCAUUGUGUGUAUAUCCACGAGACGGGGCGGGCUGGAAGGCUCUGCAGGAUCCACUGCUCGAGAUUUCCACUCGAUAGUCGAAAUAGCGCUGGCUUGUAAUCUACUCUCCAUUGUAACGAAUAUUGUUUUUGUGAUAUUUGAUACAAUACCAAGAGUGUGCUAUGAACGGCACAUGUGGAAUUUGGAAGGGAAAAGGCUCAAGAGAUUUCAAACAUGGAGAAAGCCCACGUGUAUCAGUCAUUUGUUCAAAAAAAACGCAAAAAAAAAAAGAAAAUACACAGAAACCAUCCUGUCA